AUGAGUUCAGCAGCAGAAGACGAAGAUGCUGCUCAAUUAGAAACCGUCAAAUCUGUCACCCUCACUCAGGACAGCGAUGGAAGCAUUAUUCUGCACUGUCCUCCCAGCGAUGAGGACUCGGAGCCCCUACAGAAGAAGCUGAGACUCUCCACUGAGGAACAGGCGGACUCUGAGAAACCUCAGUUUUCUGUCGUCACUUUGCCCAUGUUGGAGAAUGAGAGCUUCAAGGUGACGAUGACUGGCACAGCCGACAGCGAUCUCUCUGAGGACGGAGUCACUCAAAUAGAGAUUCUGCAUCAAGAAGAAGACACUCUGUCAGCCAAUGAGAAGACGGAGGUGUCACCGGUCAGCCAGGCCUGGUUUACAACAAAAGAGGACAAAGAUACGCUGGCUAACAAAGGUCAUAAAUGGAAACAAGGCAUGUGGUCUAAAGAAGAGAUUGACGUUCUGAUGAGCAACAUUGACCGAUAUGUGAAGGGCCGCGGGAUCCAAGACCCGGCGGAGAUCAUUUUUGAAAUGUCCAAAGAGGAGAGGAAGGAUUUCUAUCGCUCUGUGGCGUUGGGGUUGAACCGGCCGCUGUUCGCCGUCUACAGACGCGUUUUACGAAUGUACGACAACCGGAACCACGUCGGCAAGUACACUCCAGAGGACAUUGAGAAGCUAAAGGCGCUGAGGGAGAAACACGGGAACGAUUGGGCAACGAUUGGAGCAGCUCUGGGACGCAGUGCCUCUUCUGUGAAAGACCGCUGCCGGCUGAUGAAGGACACCUGUAACACGGGAAAAUGGAGCGAGGAGGAAGAGAGACGGCUCGCCGAGGUCGUGUACGAGAUGGCCGGAGUGUCGCCGGGAUCCGCGGUCACAGGAGGCGUUUCCUGGGCGACGGUGGCAGACCGGGUCCGCACACGCUCCGAGAAACAGUGUCGGUCGAAAUGGCUGAACUACCUGAACUGGAAACACAGCGGAGGAGCCGAGUGGACUAAAGAGGAUGACCUGAACCUGUUGCGGAGGAUAUCAGUGCUGAAAGUGGAGGAUGAGAAUGAGAUCAAGUGGGAGGACCUGGCAUGGGGGUGGAGCAGCGUCCGGUCCCCUCAGUGGCUGCGGUCCAAGUGGUGGAGCAUCAAGAGACAAGUAGCCAAUCACAAGGAAAUCCCCUUCAGCGUGCUCCUGAAGGGCCUUGAGGAGCUGAUGAUGACCUCACAGACAUCAUCUGUACCAGGGAGUCCCACCUCCUCCUCUUCGCUCCAGAUCCGCCUCACCCGAUUGGACGAGAGCAGCAGCAGCCCCGUCCCCAGCUCAGUCGCAGCCCUGCAGAUCCCCGUGCAGAUCCCGCUGCAGUUCACACACCUGGCCUCAGAUUCUGCAGCAGCCAGCGACAGUGACACCAUCACGCUAAACACCGGGGCCCUGCAGACCUUCGAAAUCUUGCCGUCCUUCCACCUACAGCCCACCGGCACCCCCGGGACCUACUACCUCCAGACGACGUCCAACCAGAGCCUUCCUCUCAGUUUAGCCAAUAACAGCACGGUUACCCUGACGACGGGCUCCUCUCCCUCAUCACACGAACACAUCAUCCUUCACAGUCUGUCGAGUGACAGCCUCUGCUCCGGCGACGGCGUCAUCAUCCAGACGGUUUCCUCUGACCCCGCCUCCUCAGACACGCUCAGCCAACCGCAGCUGGUUGUGGAAACAGAGGAGCAGAACCAGGAGGACGGGCUGGAUGCCACAAAUCUGCUGAGUGGGUCAGGGAGGGUAGAACCUCACGAGCCAAUUAAAGAAGGCUUCUCCGAUAAGGGUCUGAACUCCCCAUCUGCUGAGGGUCCAGUGGUGCAUUCUGGGAUAACAUCUGGCAGCACCGUGCUCAUUGUGUCCCCUCCAAACAUCAGCAGCACUCUCACGGAUCCUAUCUUGGAGAACCAGGAAGGCUCUGACUGA